CUGGCCCCUACCCGAUUGCGGUGUACGUCAAAGCUCCCAAAGAGCUGGUCCGUUUCUCUCAUCUCCUCCAAGCUAAACCUCUACAAUGUCGCAUAUCGAGACAGUUUCUUCCUUCGUCCAGGGAGCUCCUCCGGGAGAGCUCGCAGAUGUCGUUGCCGAUAUCAAGGCCUUGACGGCCUCCGAGCCAAACAUCGUUGACGAGCUGGCGCCAGCUUUCGAGCGGUACAACGAGGAGCAGUUCAUCACACUCAAGCUGCCGGGAAGCAGCCAGCCGGUCUUGAUCAGCCCACACAACUCGCUGGGCGGCGGACGAUACUACGAUGUCGAGAGCUCCUCCAGCUUUGAAGUAGACCAUGUGGCUCAGAAAGCUAGUGCGGUGCAGAGCUACGUGCUGGAAGGAUCACAAGCGGACCUGGUUAAAUCAACAUUGAAGAGCUUGGGAGGUUAUGUCAAGGAGCACUUUCCCAACGCUGCCCUCGGCGCAUACCCUGUCGAAUCCGACUCAAAGGUUGCCGUUGUCGUUGUCGCAAAUAAAUACAGCCCCAACAACUUCUGGAACGGCCGAUGGAGAUCCGUAUAUACCUUUGACCCCAGCUCCGGAAACCUCGAGGGCACCAUCAUGGUUGACGUUCACUACUACGAAGACGGCAAUGUGCGGCUGCUCACCAACAAGGCCGUCAGCGCCUCCAUCCCCUCGGGCACCGGUGCUGGAAUCGUCAAGGAGAUUGCGUCGAUAGAGAAGAAGUACCAGGAAGAUCUCAACAGGAGCUUCGUGAGCCUGAGCGAAGGUGCAUUCAAGGGCCUGCGGCGACAGCUGCCGGUGACGAGGCAGAAGAUCGAGUGGGACCGAGUGACGGGCUACCGCCUGGGCCAGGACAUUGGUGGUGGCAGCUCAAAGCGAUGAUUUUAGUGAUUUAUGAUUGGGCCAUUUGGGAAGAAAGGUGCUUCAAGACGGAGACGAUGCUUUUUCGAUGGAUUAAUAGAGUCAAAGAAUGAAUAUGAGCAAUGAACAGAGCAGCAGCUGUUUGACUACUACCCCACCUCCGGCCAUACGUACUACUUACUUCUUGGAUGACAGAAACAUGAAUAUCCCGACCCUGGUAGCAUCACGGGAAAUUCUGCUUUGGGAAUCGUCCAUCUGACUGCAUAGAAGCGCGGCCUCGCUAAAAGAGUAGUGAGUAUGAG